GAAUGCGUCGUUCCUACCAUACCCGAGACUUAUGGUGCUUGAGAACGACGGAGCAUAUCUCAUCUAAUAAUUGACCAUUAUCCAUGAUAAGCGCAGGUUAAGGUCCUCGUGAGCAUAGCAUGCGCAAGUUAGUCAGAUUCCGACAAGUCAAACAAACAGUAAGCCGUCGGACCUUCCUUGUUUCUUCGUUCCCAAACUCACUGCUCUUCCCAAAUUAUAAAAACACUCGCUACUCUCUCUCUCUCUCUCUCUCUCUCAAAUACAAAACAAAGAGAGAUGGAUCCUCAGCAGCAGCAGCAGCAGCAGCUCACAGGAGUAGUUAUAAUCUCCCUCCCACCACCAGACAAUCCCUCCCUCGGCAAAACCAUCACUGCCUUCACUCUCUCUGACCCCAUAUAUCCACCGUCGGAUCAUGCACCACCACCACCACCACCACCACCACCACUACCAUCGUCACCACCACCAUCAUCACAUGCCGACAUCGCUGCCUCCUCUUUCGUCUCCACCUUCAACACUCCAAGAAGAGUUUUGACCCUCUUGGCUGCGGCUCUUCUUGUCCUCUUCUUGUACCAAUGCCUCUUCUCAGAUACCCAUUUCAGUCUCCAUAGCAGUUCGGAGAAUGACAAUCGGAACGACAGUGUCCAUUCCUUCCUGUUCGAUUUGUAUCCGAAAUCAGUUGGCGGGUUUUGGCCGGACGCGGAGGUGAAAUUGGGAAGUUUCGUGAGGAGAGAGAGGGUGAAACGGUAUCGGAAGAGCGCCAAUGCAAUCAAUUCGUCAACGGUUUUUACUGUCGCAGGGAACGUUUAUCCGGAUGGACUGUAUUAUGCCUCCAUUCUUGUUGGAAAUCCUGCUAGACCUUAUUAUCUUGACAUGGAUACUGGGAGUGACUUAACAUGGAUUCAAUGUGAUGCCCCAUGCACUAGCUGCGCCAAGGGACCACAUCCUUUCUACAAGCCUACUAAAGGGAAGCUAGUGACUGGUGAGGAUUCUUUGUGCCAAGAAGUUCAAAGUAAUCAGAAUGACUGCAAAUUUUGCCCACAAUGUGAUUAUGAGAUAGAAUAUGCUGAUCAGAGCGCCUCCAUGGGUGUUCUUGCAAGAGAUGAAGUGGCUCUUAAGAUGGAAAAUGGAACAUCUCUGAAGCCAAGUUUUGUUUUUGGGUGUGCAUAUGAUCAGCAAGGCCAACUUUCAGUUUCUCCUGCAAAUACAGAUGGGAUCCUUGGACUUAGCAGAGCUAAAGUUAGUCUUCCUUCUCAAUUAGCAAGUCAGGGUAUCAUCAAUAAUGUGGUGGGCCAUUGUAUUACCAGUGAUUUACAUGGUGGUGGAUAUCUGUUCCUAGGUGACGACUUUACACCUCGUUGGGGCAUGACUUGGGUUCCCAUGCUCAAUAGCCCUUAUACAAAUUUCUAUAAUACAGAACUUACAAAAAUAAGUCUAGGAGGUGAGCGACUCAGUGUGGGUGGACCAGGCAGCAAUGCAGGACGAGUAAUUUUCGACAGUGGAAGCUCAUAUACAUAUUUCACAAAGGAAGCAUACACCAGUCUUAUCACUUCUCUCAAAGACUCGCUUGAUGGACUCAUUCAAGAUGAAUCAGAUUCAACAUUGCCAGUAUGUUGGCGAGCUAAUUUCCCAGUAGUCUGGACUGUUAAAAAUAUGAAGCAAUUCUUUAAGCCAUUGACCCUUCACUUUGGAAACAGAUGGUUGAUUGGUCAGAAGACACUACAGAUUCCUCCCGAGGGUUAUUUGAUCAGAAGCAAUAAAGGCAACAUUUGUUUGGGAAUCCUUGAUGGAAGUAAAGUACACGAUGGAUCAAUGAAUAUACUUGGAGACAUUUCAUUAGGUGGACAAUUGGUUGUGUACGACAAUGUUAAGCGGAAGAUUGGAUGGGUUCAAUCAGAUUGCAUCAAGCCCAGAAAUUUUAAGAGCUUCUCCUUCUUUUGAGUCAUUGCAACCUUAUGCAAGUCCAUGGAUCUCUACUCAUGGCUUAGUGGUAGAUAGUCUGCGUUUCAACAUUGAGGUCAUGGGUUCGAGUGCCCAUGCGGUGUGUGUGAGU